CGGUGCUGCCACAGCUGCCAUCUUAGGGACUCCGGGCCAGGCCUGCUAGGCCUUCGCGGCGGAGGCGGCCGUGUGCGUGGCCGGUGCGCUCGGGGCGAGGCGUAGGAUCCGCGGGCGGGGGGCCGCGCUUCCCGGCGGCGAGGGGCGGCCUGCGGCGGGCAGCGGGCGACAGGCGGCGGGCGCCGCGCCGCACGAGGAUGGGCCGGUCGCGGAGCCGGAGCUCGUCCCGCUCCAAGCACACCAAGAGCUCCAAGCACAACAAGAAGCGCAGCCGCUCGCGCUCGCGCUCGCGGGACAAGGAGCGGGUGCGGAAGCGCUCCAAGUCCCGGGAGAGCAAACGGAACCGGCGGCGGGAGUCGCGCUCGCGCUCGCGCUCCACCAACGCGGCGGCAUCCCGGCGCGAGCGGGAGCGCGCCUCGUCCCCGCCCGACCGCAUCGACAUCUUCGGGCGCACGGUGAGCAAGCGCAGCAGCCUGGACGAGAAGCAGAAGCGGGAGGAGGAGGAGAAGAAGGCGGAGUUCGAGCGGCAGCGAAAAAUUCGGCAGCAGGAGAUAGAAGAAAAGCUCAUUGAGGAAGAAACAGCACGAAGAGUAGAAGAGUUGGUAGCAAAAAGGGUAGAAGAAGAACUGGAGAAAAGGAAGGAUGAAAUCGAGCGGGAAGUCCUCCGAAGGGUUGAAGAAGCCAAACGCAUCAUGGAAAAGCAGUUGCUCGAAGAACUCGAGCGACAGAGACAAGCUGAGCUUGCAGCACAAAAAGCCAGAGAGGAGGAAGAGCGAGCAAAGCGUGAGGAACUGGAGCGGAUAUUAGAAGAAAAUAACCGGAAAAUCGCAGAAGCACAGGCCAAACUGGCUGAAGAACAAUUGAGAAUUGUUGAAGAACAAAGAAAGAUUCAUGAGGAAAGGAUGAAACUAGAACAAGAACGACAGCGUCAACAAAAAGAAGAACAAAAAAUUAUACUGGGCAAGGGGAAGUCCAGACCAAAACUGUCCUUCUCAUUAAAAACCCAGGAUUGAAUGGCAAACUCUGAACUUUUUACAAAGAAAAAUGAAAGAAAGAAAAAAAAAAAAAAAAAACUUCGUAUUGUAGCUUCAUGUUGAAGUGUUUUUUUUUUUUGUUUUGUUUUUGUUUUGUUUUUGUUCUUUUUUUUUUUAAUUUGGAAAAUCUGGAAAGUUAGCUGUUCUAAUAGGGGCUAUGCUCUGCAAUCCCUUUAUUUUCCCUCUUUUUUUCCAUUAAGUCAAAUCCUUAUCAGAUCAUUGCUGUCCUCUAAAGUGGUGUAUUUUGCACCUGUUGGGAUUCUGUACUGGUUGGGUCUGCUGAAGAGCAGGUCACUUGGUGACUAGCUGGUCUGGUAAGGUGUUCACUGACCACUGACUUCAGAGUUAUACUCUGUUUACUACGUCAUAAUGCUGGUUUUGCUGACUUUUUGUUUUUUUAUACAUUUAUAAAAAAAGAAAAAGUUGGUGAUUGCAUUGCAAAAUCCCCAGGGUUUUCCUGGACCUGAGUGGUGUGUUGUUAAGCAGUGUCCUUGUGGUGCUGUGGCUCUUGAUGUUCCUGAGAACAGGUAAGGAAACAGUUGGUCACCUGCUACAGAAACACCUGCAGUGCAGUACUGUCUUUGUUGGACUUUUGUUUCUUUCGUUGACAGAGUCAAACCAGCAUUCCCCACUGUAAAUAAAUAAUUUUGCUGAAUAAAGUCAAGUCUUAAAUUCA